AAGACUGAAAUCAGACCGUGUGGCAUUGGGCUGCUGUGUAUUCUCAUCCUAGGGCCGCUCAUCAUCCGGGUUCGAUUUGCCCUAGAAACAAAUGCAGCUCUGGACCGAUGACUUUAUUCUUCAUUCGUUUGGUUUGACGUACCGAAUUUACGUAGGAAGGAAUAUUAAGGGAUGACCGGCUAUAUUCUCAGGAGUGCCUACGGUCUAUCGUGCUCAUGGCGAAUCAGCAAACUCUCAUCUUCUAUCCUAUCCGUGAUGUUUUGACAUAUCGAUGUGUCGUUUGAAUGUGCAACAGGCUCCCGCCAUAUGUUCAUGCGUUUUAUGGAGACGAUGGGGGAUCAAAGGGAGGAUGUGUCCUAGUGCUCUACAUAUUUUUGCUUGUGGUUACAAUAUAACCAUUUAUUAAUGUUGUUCACUUUGAAUGGUGCUCUUUGACAUAUACACAACUCGACAGCACUUCAGUUUGGCGAGGUCAUUUUUUGUAGAGGUUUGUGUCAGAGUAUAAGGGAAUUUAAAAUGGCAACGCAAGUAACGGGGAGGAAAAGAAUUCCCAACCGGGAGAAACUAUCUGCGGAGGAUGAUGCUCUCAGUCAAAUAGCUCGCGAGGCAGAGGCAAGACUGGCAGCUAAACGGACAGCCCGGGCAGAAGCUCGAGAAAUCCGUAUGAAGGAAUUGGAGAGGCAACAGAAAGAGAUAUAUCAAGCGCAAAAGAAAUACUAUGGGCUGGACAGCAAAUGGGGCCAUAUUGAACAGUGGAUGGAGGACAGUGAGCGGUAUUCCCGCCACUCUCGGAGACAUACCUCGAUAUCAGAUGAUGAGGAGCGGAUGUCUGUUGGCAGUCGGGGCAGUUUGAGGCCCUCUGCGCUUUUUAGUGAACCCCCUCGUUCAAGAAGUCACAGGGGGUCACUGCAUGAAGAGAGUUCAUACUCUGCCACUAGGCGUUUCAGUGGCUCCAGCGCUAGAGGCCCUUCAGACUACAAUGGCUUUCUGGGCACCAGUUCCAGGGCCUCCUCUAGGGCGAGUUCAGCCCGUGCCAGUCCAGUGGUGGAGGAAAGGUCAGAUUUCCUGGAAAAGGGGUCCAGGACAGCCUCCACCCUCUCUGCUGCAACUCUGGCAUCUCUGGGUGGAGGUUUAUCACGAAGAGGAAGCUGUGAUACCUCGAUUUCAGCGGACACUGAGGCCUCCAUACGGGAAAUGAAGGACUCCCUGGUGGAGGUGGAGGAGAAAUACCGUAAGGCAAUGGUGUCCAAUGCUCAGCUGGACAAUGAGAAGACAAACCUGAUGUAUCAGGUGGACACACUGAGAGACACUCUAAUGGAGCUUGAGGAACUUCUGUGUGAGAAACACAGAGAGUGUGAGGAGAAAACCAGAGACUUCGAGCGAGAGCAUCAUGCCCACAAUGUCUUGAAGUUCCAGUUUGAGGAGAUGAAGGAAACCCUGAAGCAGAGUGAAGAGUUGCUGACGGAAGCCCAACAGUCUCGGGGAAAGCAGACGGACUAUAUUAGAGAGAUCGCUGACCUGCAAGAAACAUUGGAAUGGAAAGAUAAAAAGAUCCGGGCCUUAGAGAGGCAGAAGGAAUAUUCAGACAUUAUCCAUGAUGAACGGGAGGCACUCAGGAACGAGGUUUGCCGGCUUAGGGAUGCUCUAAAGAAACAUGGCAUUAUUCUGGGAUCUGAGGUGACAGCCAAUGGGGAGUUAGCAGAUGGGGCGAUUGAUGGGCAUGCUGAUGCGGAAACAGCCUCCCGAUUGAAUCAAGACUCUCACACGCCCACUAUGAGUGGAGACAGCAUGUUAGAGAUCAGAUUGAGGAAGCUGGUGGAAGAGAGAGAGAGUUUGCUCGACCAGGUGCGGAAGUAUAAAGCCAUUGCAGAGCAGAAACAAAAGAAUGGGACAGAAGAAACAGGAAACACAGAUGAAGAUGACCUACAGAAUGGUCUGGACCAUCAUAUUCUAGAUCUGCAGAGAGAUGCUAACAGGCAGAUCAGUGACCUUAAAUUCAAGCUAGUCAAGUCUGAGCAAGAAGUCACAGCACUUGAACAAAAUAUCAUUCGGCUGGAGGGUCAGGUGAGCCGCUAUAAGACAUCUGCUGAGGCUGCAGAGAAAGUGGAAGAUGAGCUAAAAGUGGAGAAACGCAAGUUGCAGAGAGAGCUGAGGUCUGCACUUGAUCGUAUCGAUGAGCUGGAAGCAAGCAACAGCCACCUUACGAAGAGACUAGAGAAGAUGAAGGCCAAUCGGAGUGCCCUUCUGGCACAGCAGUGACGCCCACCUGUGCCCACUCAUCACCCACUGGCACCAAUGAUCUGCCACCCAUAUUACACUAAAACUUCUAUCAAAAUCAUACCAAAUUAGCCCAAUCAUGCUAAUUCAGACUUAAAAAAGUAAAUAUGGCUGACAACCUCCAUUUGUUUGCUAGUGGGAUUCCAAGCGGAAGACAUAUCAAAAACGAAUUCUUACUGAGGCUCAUUAAAGUGACCUUUGGUUAGGAUUAGCAGAAUUCAGGCCCUCAAGGAGCUCUCAAAAAGUUUUUGACUGGUUACGGAUCUCUGUGUCAACAGACCAUCUCAGCAAAGGCCGAGCACAGCUAUUGCAGCAUGUUCCUUUAUGGUAGCAUGUUGGUUUAGUAAACCAGUCGUGAGGGACAUGAUUUAUCUAAGCAGACCAUGCACUUUAUCCCUGCAUCAGUAUUCAAAUUUUGUAACACGGAAACUGUAACAUAUCUGUACACAGAACCGUUUUGCAAAAUUAGGUAAUUGAAUUUGUGUAGUCGUUGUGUGUGUAGAUAUUAAGUAAAGAUCAUGUUCCAUGGAGAUAUUUUGUAAA